AUGGUUGGAUCCGGAAAGGAGAAAGGGCGGAGGAAGGAGGAGAAGGAGGCGGGGGAGGAGGAGGAGAGUGAAGAGGAAGAGCAGAGGAAGGGAGUGACUCUAGUCACCCAGCUCAGCUGGAACAAGUUCUCCUCCCUCCUGGUCUUGCGGCCCCGGUGGGCAGGCCCUUGUGUAGCUGCUGUCCUGGUUCCGAGCUCGCAGUCCUCUGAGUUCCACGAGGGCGUGCAGGAGCUGCAGCAGAGUAGCCAUGACAUCACUCAGAUCGUUGCAGUCUGGGAGGACGAGCUUCACUUCGAACGGUAUCCCAUCAACGCCAUGCGCAACAUCGCUCUCGCGCAUGCCGGCACCGACCUUGUGUUCCUGUGCGACGUGGACCAGCUGCCUUCGGUCACCUUCUCUGCCCUGCUGCAGCAAGAAGACAUCUUGAUGCUGCUGUGGAGGUGGUGCUGUGUCGAGCGAAACGCCAUCGUGGUACCUGCGCUGGAGCUGAAGAAGGGGGGAGGCGAGGCGAUCAGUCUUGAGGAUGUGCUAGGAGACUAUGAGAUGGCAAAGAAGCUUCUGCACGAGGAGGAUCUUGAGAAAACUCGGGUGAUAGGAUUCCAGACAGAAAAGUUUCCCACAGGACACGCGGCAGAACGAGUGAGGGAGCUAUGGACAGCGUGCGAGUCGAUCGAAGGAUACAUGAUAGAGUACGAGGAAGGAUUUGAGCCCUACGUGAUAGUCUCGAGGCAGAGCUUCCUUCUCUUCCUCGCUCCCUCCGCUGAGUACUGCAGCAGGUGGAUGGUUCCCGCGUACGAUGAGAGGUACGAGGGCUACGGGAGGAACAAAGUGUCGCACAUUCGACGGAUGGCGGUGCAAGGGUUUCAUUUCCGGGUCUGCUUCAAAGCGUACGUCGUGCACCAAGAGCAUGAGUUGUCGAGGGAUGCUCAGGAGUUCUACGACAGGGAGAAUAACUCAAGGCUGGAGCAAAUCAAACAUCUCGACAUGAAGUUGGCGGAAAUCGUUAGGAACGAUCCUUUCUCUCGCACUUGUUGCUAUUGCCCUCAAUUCGACAAGUAUUGCGGUCAAGGUUUACCUGGACCACUUGGGCUCUGGCGAGACCAAAAGCAUCACUCCCAGCAGCUGACAACCUACGGCAAGUUGAGCAGCAGGGCUAUCACAGCUGUCUCCCACUGCUCACUCUCCCACCUUGUCGGUGCGAUCCGACAGCUCAGGCACUGGAACGACAACGCCGUCCUGUCCAUCCUCGUUCCCGACGGUUUCAUAGGACGCUUUCUUGCCUGCUGUGCGAGAUGGCUGGUAUCCUUGAGCCUCGUAGGAUGUCAGGGGCAGCUGCGGAUUGUCACUCUGGCAAUGGACCGCAAUUCGCUCUCUGCACUGACGCGGGGCCGCUAUCCGUCCAACCUCGUGCGAUCGGUUGGGCUGGCGGUGGUGGAGACGAAGUGGAGUCUGCUGGUGGACGCGGACCUGCUCCCUUCCCAUAGCCUUGCAAGGAGGCUAGACAAGUUCCUUUCGAGCUCCCAAAAGGACGAGCUGACUGUCUUGGUGGUCCCAACGUUCGAGGCCUCUAGGGUGUCUGACGUCAGCAGCAUUCUGAGAGCAGCGAGGGGAGAGAUGGCGGCUCUAAUGCAUGCCAGCAAAAUCCGCGGCUUCCAUUUGGACCAUUACAGGGAAGGCCAUGGAGCGACUGACUUUGAAAAGUGGGUGCAGCUGUUCCACCCAGACCACCUCUCCUCCUAUGACAUCGAGUACGAGGACGGCUUCGAGCCCUACGUCGUAGUCUCCACCCGAGUCAUGCAAGCGCUGAACCCUCCGCUCUAUGACACGCGAUUUCGACAUCCGUACGCUGAUAAGGUCUCGGCUUUCAGGCGACUCUCCCGCGAGGCUCUGCGCUGGUCGGUUUUCACUGGCGGGUUCUUCCUCUCGAUGCCUCACACGCCCAGCACUAGCAAGCGAAGAGUCGAGAUGACAGAGGAGGAGGAGUUUUUCUUCGCCGCUUCCUACGGGCUGGCGGAUCGCUCGAAGAUGAGCAGCAGGGGCUCUGAGACUGCAAGUGAGGUGGAAGGUCAAGGGAUGGACGAGUUGAGAAGGACCGGGAAAGUGAUCUGGCAAGGCUUUCCGUCGCUCGACGACACCCCAACCUUGCACCAGCUGUUUGCCAGCUGGGACUCGGAUGUCAAAGUUGACGCUGGCAACGUCACGCUUGUUCAGGGGGUCCAUGACAGCCUGGGGACUGAGUCGGCCAUGGCACUCAAGGUCUCUCUUGCCCCGCGCAUGACCCGGGGCAGCAGCACAAGCUCAGGCGGCCUCAAUAGUUUCUUCCGCCUCCCCCUCCUCCCACAUGACUUCGUCCUUCAGUACCAGGUCCUGUUUCCCGCAGGGUUUCAGUGCGGGGAGAAGGGAGGCCGACUGCCUGGCUUUUCCCUGGGCGAGGAGAUUCUGGGGAGCUUUUGGAGGUGGACCAGCAACUCAAACUUUGUUCUCAAGUGUUUCCACAAACCUCUGCGGACAGGCGAUAAAGAAGUCUCGGUGCAGAGCACUAGACUGCUGUCAGUCAGCAUCGUCAGGGAUGUCUGGACGAGGCUUUCAAUACGUCUUGGCAUUCAGUCGUGUAAGGAUGAAGAAGGAAGUGUUCGAAAGGAGUUCAUGCGCAUCACCAUCGAUGCUUUUGUCAAUCAUGUGCAUUGUUCACGGGAUGUCUUUAGUUUACCGGCGAGGGCCGAUCCCCUGUAUCAGCUGAAUCUGCUGGACAUGCGGACAUUCUUUGGGGGAAGGGGAGCAGAUUCGGGAACGUCUGGACCUUCGAUUUAUCUGUCUGAUCUACAAAUAUUACAGCAGUAG